GAUCGUUGCUUUCAUGGAAGACCAAAAUACUAGUCGCUCCUCCACCGGCGGUGGUGGUGGCGGUGGCGGUGGCGGUGGCGCUAGGUAUAAGCUCAUGUCACCUGCUAAACUCCCAAUUUCAAGGUCCACCUGCAUCACCAUUCCUCCAGGUCUCAGCCCUACCUCCUUCCUCGAAUCCCCCGUCCUCCUCACCAACAUUAAGGCAGAGCCAUCUCCGACCACUGGUUCUUUCUUUAAGCCUCAACGGAUGCAAGGAUCGAUCUGCUCUGCAGCUUUCUCAUUAAAUGCCAACUGUUCCAUGGCCAAGUCCUUAAAUGACAGUGAAUCUAGCUUCUUUGAGUUCAAACCACACACUAUGUCUGCUUCAGUUUCAGGGUUUUCAUCUGCUGGACUUCAGGUUACUGCAGGUUUUGACUUCCAAAGAAAUGAACCGAGUGAAAAAAACCAAAACCAAAAUGAGUAUCGAUCGUAUUCAUCACCAUCCUCAGCUAGUUGUGAGAAUGCAGCACCAAACGAACAAAAUCUUGCUGCGCCUAUAUAUACGCUUAUCGAGGAAACAAAUGGGCUGGAGGUGCCUAAGUCGGUUCAUCUGUCAGACUCCGGUCAUAAGGAUUCCGGACCUUUGGUGGUUCCAGUUGACAGGUCCUUGGAAGAUGGAUAUAAUUGGCGAAAGUAUGGUCAGAAAGUCGUGAAAGGGAGCGAAUUCCCUAGAAGCUAUUACAAAUGUACCCAUCCCAACUGUGAAGUGAAAAAGAUUUUUGAACGUUCUUAUACUGGAAAAAUAACGGAGAUUGUAUAUAAGGGUACACAUGAUCAUCCCAAACCUCAACCUAGUCGUCGGCUUACUCCUGGUGCUCUUACAUCAAUACAGGAGGAUAACACUGAUAAAGUAUCAUCUAUAACUGGUCAAGCAGGUUUCUCUGCAGAUAAUUGCCCGACUCCCAACUCUGAGACAAGUGGAACUCCCGUGCCUUCUCCUGACCAUGUGGAUCGAGCAGAAGCACAAUUGAAUAACACCAAUGAUGAGGUUGAUGACGAUGAUCCAUAUUCAAAAAGGAGGCGAACGGAUUUUGGUACCCUUGAGGUGACGCCUGUGGUUAAGCCUAUCCGUGAGCCACGCGUGGUUGUCCAAACUAUAAGUGAGGUUGACAUACUGGAUGAUGGAUAUCGUUGGCGUAAAUAUGGCCAAAAAGUGGUGCGAGGCAAUCCUAAUCCCAGGAGUUACUAUAAGUGCACAAGUGUCGGAUGCCCUGUCAGAAAACACGUAGAAAGGGCAUCCCACGACCCUAAAGCAGUCAUUACAACAUAUGAAGGAAAACACGAUCACGACGUGCCUACUGCAAGAAACGGCAGCCAUGAUGGUGCAGGUUCAGCAGCCGGGAAUGGGAAUCUAAGAACUAGAUCGGAUGACAAUGGUGCUGUAUGCCUUGAUCUUGUAGUUGGCAAUAGCUUAUCUGAACAGCCACAAUGUCUGAAUUCAGAUUACAAUAAAGCUCAAUUGGCAUGCUAUGGUGGUGUUAAUGGUAACAUGCAUGUCUAUCGAUCUAGGGAGAAUGACGUUGAAGCCCAUACCUACGAUAUUUCAAAUCUAAACCGUUCUAAUUCAUAUCCCCAACACCUUGGGAGCGUACUCUUGGGACCGUAACAGUUGUAUCAAGAAAUUGAUAAAAACAUGCAAUGGGAAAUGGAGCUCUUAACCAUUAAGUGGCUUUCCAGCAGAACACAUCUACAUAUCAAUCUAUGUAUAUAUUCUUGUUGUAUUGUAGAAGUUAAGUGGUGGUUUUGUCACUGAGGGCUGUUUGGUUUUUUCAUCAAGUGUUGUAUGGAUAAAAUUGUUUGUGUGGAUUAACCUGUUUGUAUAAAUUGGAAAGAUUUUGUUUGGGAGAGUUUUUUUAUAGAUGAAAUGAGCAUGUUCUUUAAUUCAAAAA